AUGAAUGAAAGCAGAGAACAAGUUAUAGAGUCGCUAGUCAAGAAUAUACUAGAAAGAUCAAAGGAAGAUUUCUAUAGUUAUGACGAUUGGUCAUUAUCGAAAAAACAGAUUAGAGAACUAUGCGAAAAUUCUACACCAAACAAUUUAAGAUAUUCAAUUUGGAAGCAUAUAGUGCAACAGGGUGAUCAAGAUUUUGAAAAUGAAAACAAAUCAGCAUCACCACAAUAUAAAUCAAUAGCAGAUAUUAGUUUAGAAAUGUUACAAAGUGAUUGUUUACAAGUUUCACAAGAUUAUAAUUUAAUUUCGCAAAUAAAAUCAUUUAAUAACAACUCAUCAACAUAUUCAUUUGAUAGUUUUAAAAAUAUGGACAAUGAUACGAAUCAAGCAACAUCCAACUCCUCUGAAGCAUCAGAGAAUGUAAACCCACUCUCUGCAAGUGUUGAAAAAGCAACACUAUCAACAUUGACCACAGUUUCCAUUGGCGAUAGACUUUCAAGAUUUGUAAUUUAUUUUUGUAACAAAACAACUAGGGGCUAUAGUAUCGAUGUAGUAAAGUUAAUGAUUCCUUUCGUGGUUUUAUCAAUUGUUGAAGAAAUUAAUUUUAUCAAAAAUACUAAAUCUAUAUUAUAUCAAAACCCAACCGAACAAAAUUGGAUGUCUCUUUCAAUCAAAGUAGUCGAAACUUUAUCGAAUAGCGGUGUUUUUCAAUAUGAUAUUGCCAAUCCAAUUUUAUUGUGCGAAAGUGAAAUGUUCAGAAUUCUACUUUUAUAUCAUGACCCAGUAUUAUCACACUUUUUAAACCAAAGAACCGUUAGUUCGAUGCAUUACUUUUAUGAAUGGAUCAAUCAUUUGUUUUGUGGAUGUAUAGAUAUUAAAUUUUUAGUUCAACUUUGGGAUUUGUUUUUGUAUCAUGAUAAUCAAGAUUUUUAUAUCUAUUUUGCUGCUGCCUUGAUUAUAUCUAAAAGAGAGCAAAUAUUAUCAAUUAAUGGUACAGCUAAAGAAAUCAUGCAGUUAUUAGAAGAGAAAAAUAUUGUAAAUAGUUUAUCGAAUCAACUUAAAUUACCAGGACUUAUAAAGAAAGCAGAGGCAUUAAGAUCAUCAACUCCACUUACAUUUAUUAGAAAUUGGGAUAGAUUUUAUACUUACUGUAAAGAUCCACUCUCACCAAAAUUAGAAUCAAUUAAAACCAUUUACUUUGAAUAUAAAUAUGCUGUUUGCAUGGGUAUGGAGGUCGAGGAGUUAAUUUUAAAUUCAAAGUUGGGAAAAGAACAUGAAAUAUGGGAAAAAUUUGCAUACUAUUGUCAAAAUGAUGAUUUACAAAAGUUACCAUUAUUUGUUUUUGAUUCUAGACCAUAUAGAUACUAUAAAAGUGGAAAAUUCCCUGAGUCAUUCCAUUUACCACCAGGUUUGCUAGUAACACAGCCAGAAGAAUUCCAAAGAGUUAUACAGUCAUUCAUUGAUAUGAAGGGCGUUACCCAUUUUGCAUUUUAUGAUAAUUGGCAACAAUUCCAAAAUCCAAACUCAGCAAACGAUGAUGCUGACUCGAACGAUAAUGGUGAUGUAAAUAUGAAUAUUUUAAAAUUUCUUAAAGAGGGCUUCCCAUAUAUUUGUAAAGUACCCAGUGGUUAUAAAAAAAUUCAUGAUAUUUUCUUAUCAAAAGGUAUCGAACUACCAGCUCAUUUUACUGAUAAAUGCCCAGUUUGUAAUCCAGCUGCAUUUAAUAAUACAUUACCAGUCUCAGAGCCAUCAUCACCACUCCCAAAUACUGAACAAACUCAAAGAGAAAAGUGGUUUUCAAAAUUAAGAGGAUUCGGUAGACAAUCACAACAAAUGCAACCAUUACCACAGCAACCACAACAACCACAGCAACCAGAAAGUGACUCUUUAAGAAAAACAGCCCUUGGAUUUUUUAGAGAUAAAUUAAAAAUUAGAGAUAAAUCAUCCAUAUACGAAAAUGAUUCGAGCUCAAUAAAUAACAAUACUAAUAAACCUAAUGAUAACAAUAGUUUCAAAAAUAAUGAUAAUAGCAAUGAUAAAACCGAUACAACCACCAACAACUCACCCACAAGCAAUAAUGGAUCCCAAAGAGCAAGAUCAGAGAAUUUAACAAUUGGUUCAAAUAGAACACCAACCAAGACUGGUGGAAAUUCAAAAAUAUUAAGCGCACCAUUAAACCAAAGUGGUUCAAGGAACAAUAGUGAUAUUACUAAUAAUAACAUUGGUGUUAUUAACAGUCCAUUAAAUAUUAGUAAUUUAUCAGCAUCUCCAAACCCAACUAAUCAAAACAGUUUAGAUUUUAAUGGUAAUAAUAUUUCAACAUUGGAUAUAAAUGGAAAUAAUAUAAAUCUUUCCCAAAAUAAUAAUAUAAAAACCAAUAAUGAUAAUAGUAAUAAUAAUGAUAAUAAUAUGAAUAAUAAUAUGAAUAAUAAUAUGAAUAAUAUGAAUAGCUCAACUUUAAAUACUAGCGUCUCUGGUACAAGCCCAUUAACAUCAAGUAAACAAGGUUGGACAAGCUCAAGCCCAUUAACAUCAAGUCAAUCAACAAACAAUAGCAAUAUCAAUGAUGCAUCUAGUACAAGUCCAUUAACAUCAAGUAAGCAAAGUUGGUCAAGCUCAAGCCCAUUAACCACAAGCCAAUCAAAUUUAAUUUCAUCAAUAUGGAGCACAUCAAAGAACCCAUUUUAUUUACCAAAUUUAGCACCAUUUAUUAUGGACUUUAAAGAUGAUGAAGAUGAAUACUAUGAAAAAGGAAAGAAAUACUAUUACUAUAUUGACGAAAAUGAUUUUCCAACACCAAACGAAUCUGACUAUCUCAUUGAUAAAGAAAAAUAUGAAAAAGAGAACAUUGAAGCCAAAAAAGAAUUUGAAAAAGAAUAUAAAGGUAUUGAUUUAUGGUUAGAAUGCAAGUGUUCAUUAUUUGAAUGUCAAGAAGCUAUCCAACCAAAUCCAUCAAUCGAGGAACCAAUCCUAUCUGAUGUCGGCACCCAGAGUGAUAUAGCCUCAACUGCCACAGCUAAAAACAAAUCAAAUCUCGCUCAAGAUGACAAGAAGAGAUACAUUAUUAUUAAAGACAAAAAUGUUAUUGUUCUAGCAGAGCAUCCAACUUUUUGUGGGUAUGUUAAAAUCGAUUUCCAAUAUAGCUUAAACUCAAUAGAACGUAUUUCAUACAAGAAGAACACACCAAAUCUUUUAGAAUUCAGUUUCAAUGAUAAUAAUAACAAUGGUGACAUUAAAACAGUAGAAAAUAUUGACGAUACUUUAUCAACAACAUCACAAAAAGAUAUUUUUAAAAAAUCUUAUAUUUUUGAAGACUCUGCUUUAAUUUUAAAAGUUAUAAAUAAUCAUUAAAAAAAAAAAAAAAAAAAAAAAAAAAAGCUUACAGCACCACCAAUUAUUGUAGAUUUAAAAUAUAAUAAAAUAAAAUAAAAAAAAUAAUUUCUUUGUAC